AUGAAAAGGGGACAAAAAAGAACGGAAGAGAGGAGCAGGACAAACCACGUCCCAACUCCAAACCUGGACGUCAUGGAUGGGCCUCUCAAAGGGCUCAGGAAGAUGCAACAGAUAGAUAAGUUUCUGGACGUUGCUCUGGCCAGAUUGAGGCGUUGGAGUUGGGGCCGGAUCCUGCGCCCUUGGCCGCUGCCCUGCCGGAUCGAGUCUCCUGGACACCGCCGUGGCCAGGUCGAAGCUCCUGGACACCGCCCUCGCCGACGGCUGGAUCGAAGCUCCUGGACGUCACCCCCACCAGAUCCUGCUCUCCUAGACACCGGACUGCAGAGGAUCGAGUGCACGCACCUUGUGGUCGGACUUGGAGGCGGAGGCCAGCGCGAGCAGGGCAGCAAGGGCGAGGCGAGGCCGAGCAGGAGGUGGUGGCCGCGCCGCCGUGGAGCCAAGCUCGCACUCGCCCACAUCCUCCGCGCUCUCCCUGCGCCCUCUGCCAUCCUCCGCGUUGGGCUCAGGCCGGUGCAGAUCGGGCCACAACGCCGUCGGGGCUGGCCAUGUGCGCAGGACAGGCCGCCGACGCCCCUAGGGGCUGCCGUCCGCACGCUCGAGCCACGCCGACACCUGCGUCCGCUGUGCGCCGGUGGGAGUGGGGAGGCUCGGAACCGCUGCUGCUGUAGGUUCCACCGACCGGUGCCGGGAGGGAGCCCGAUGCUGGUUCGUGAGAUCCAGAUGCAAAUGUGGGGGGAGCAGGGUGGCAGAGGAGACGGGGAAGGAUGCACAGCGACGGCAAGAGGGCUGCGCAGACAUGCGUCCUCUCCGGCUAUAUACUAG